AUGGCUAAUAGUUACUGUGGAAGUCUGAGUACUGGAAAUGGACUGCUUUUCAGUUUGGAUCCUGAAGUUCUGGUUCUUGGCUACCUAGUGACUAUUGAUGGUUCUCUUCUGACUGAGUUACAGGAGCUGAAUGUAAAUUUGUCAGUGGUGAAAUGCUGCACUGCUUUCUGCAGAGGACGUAUUGUGAGAGUGCCCAAAGGUCCUCUUAUUCGAGUCAUGGGCACAGAGGUGGUGAUCCCUUGCAGUGUUAGCGACUACGAUGGACCCAGUGAACAGAACUUUGACUGGGAAUUUUCACGGGAGACUGACUUCAUGCGGAUAGUGAGUACCUGGGAUUCUACGUUCACCUCUGAGGAGUACCAAAAACGUGUGGGCCAAGGGGAUAUCAAACUGAGACGGAGCAGCAACGAUGCUGUGGAACUCGUGAUUAGAAACAUCCAGCCAGCUGAUCAAGGGAAAUACAAAUGCUCCACACCCAGCACUGAUGCCACCGUUCAGGGAAAUUAUGAUGCUGAGGUCCAAGUGAAAGUGAUUUCUGAUGGCUUAAUGGUGAGUGGUACAAAAGCUCGUUCCUCAAUGUCCCUCAAGCUGUCUGAGGGCGAUUCCUUCAAGUUGCGCUGCUCAGCCAUCACCACCUCCCCGGAGCACACUCACUUGCACGUGACUUGGCAGAUCAAAAGUGGAUCAACUUGGCGGGACGUUCUAUCUUUGACUCAUGAGGGCAAGUUCCAGCCUGGUCCUGGCUAUGAAGAGCGCUACCGAAAUGGAGAUAUCCGUUUGGACACUGGAGCAAAUGACACAUAUCGAUUAUCUGUGUCCCAGGCCUUGCCGAUGGAUGGGGGUACCUACAGGUGUCUUGUGAGCGAGUGGGUGAGAGGGGCAGAUAGCUCAUGGCAGAAGAUUCAGGAGAAGAGUGUGGAGAUAGCAAGCGUGGCAGUCCAACGGACUGCUCUAGAUGUGCUCAUCUCAACAGGAAAUGUGUCUGUGACUGAAAGAGACUCCCUGGAUCUUACCUGUAACAUCACAACAGACAGGAGCGGUAUUUUCCAAGUUGAGGUGAUGUGGUAUUUCACUGCGUCUCCUGAUGGUACCUUGUCAGAUGCUCAGGUUUUGCUGAGCAUGGACCAUGAUUCUGUUGUCAGUGACUCAACACUCAUCAGCCUGAGCCAUGUGGAUAGGAACUCCUAUCGCCUGCUGGUACGUGACGUGGAUGUGGAGGACUCUGGCUACUACUUCUGCCAAACAGCUGUUUGGGUACCACUGCACAAUGGGAGCUGGCAUAAGGUCGUGGAGAGAACAUCUGCACCAGUCAGUGUGGUAGUGACAGCAUUAGAGCCAGAUUAUGAGGUAUUUCUGAAUGCUUCUAGAACCCCAAAGUUCUCAGAUGACCCCACUGAGCUUGAAUGCCGGGUCACAAAUGCACAGGAUUCAGAAGCAAACAUCCGCUUCACAGUUUCCUGGUACUACAGGCAGCGCUUACGCAGUGAUGAUGUGGUUACAGAGGAACUCCUGGCCACGAUGGAUGCAGACUGGACUCUACAGCUUGGGGACAGGAGCAGAGAGCGGGCUCAGAACGGGGAAAUAAUCUUCUCCAAGAAAGCUGUUGACACCUUCAGUUUACGAAUCCAGUGGACUUCAGAAAGUGACAGAGGGGAUUAUUUCUGUGUCAUCUCUGCAUGGAGUAGGCACCGCAACAACAGCUGGGUAAAGAGCAAAGAUGCGACUUCUGCACCUGUCAGCAUUUUCUGGGCUACACAAGAUUACACGCUGACAGUGGAGGCAGUGAGACUGAAGCCAUUCUUUGUGGCAGGCCAUACCUUUGAGAUGACAUGCAAAGUGUCUUCGAAGAACAUCAAGACGCCGCGCUAUUCUGUCCUCAUUACAGCAGAGAAGCCACUGACAGAUCAGUCCAAUCCCAAUGGGACUACUCGCAUAAUCUCCUUGAACCAGGAUUCAGUAGUGCGGCUGGAAGACUGGACGGAUCAGACUCGUGUGGACGGUGUGGUUCUGGAGAAGGUCCAGGAGAACGAGUUCCGCUACAGGAUGUAUCAGACCCAGAUUUCUGAUGCUGGGCUGUAUCGCUGUGUGGUGACUGCCUGGUCCCCAGGUGGUGGUGGCAUGUGGCGUGAAGCAGUGAACGGCUUAUCCAAUCCUAUCCAGAUAGACUUCCAAACCUCAGGUCCUGUGUUUAACGUCUCGGUGCAUUCUGACAACCAGAUGAUUUACCAGGGUGAGCUGGCAGACUUGCUCUGUAUCAUCACAACGGAAGGAAUGGCCCUCGAGCCAGAUGAUAUGUCCUUUGAUGUCUCCUGGUUUGCGGUGCGCUCCUUUGCAUUGGAUAGAGAGCCCAUCUUGCUGGCCUCGCUGGACCGGAGAGGGAUCGUGACACAGAGCAGGAGAAACGGGAGCAGCGAUCUCAGCCUGGAGAGAAUCAGCCCCCUGGAAUUUCGGCUCCGUGUGCAUGGCUGCGAGGACCAUGACUUUGGGAACCACUACUGUGUAGUGACCCCGUGGGUGCGGUCCGCCACCGGUGUAUGGCAGCGGGAGCCUGAUGUCCAAGCCAAGCCCAUCUUUUUAUCUGUGAAAAUGGAUGUUCUGAAUGCUUUCAAAUACCCCCUGUUGAUUGGCAUUGGUCUGGCCACUGUCAUUGGACUCUUAUCCUGCCUCAUUGGCUACUGUAGCUCCCGUUGGUGCUGCAAGAAGGAAGUGCAGGAAACAAGACGAGAACGUCGCCGGCUAAUGUCGAUGGAGAUGGACUGAGCGUGGGAGCCAAAAGCACUUGUGUUUUGUGAGAGACUCGCAGGGCUCUUGGACUGUGCUGAGACACUCAUUGCAGGCCCAGACAAGACAGUGUGUUUCCUCUCCGAUUUCAGCCUGAACCUCAAACUUCUCCUUGUUACACAUCAUGUCCUGGGAGUGCUCAGGCCAUAUUUAGCAACUCAGAUUUCUCCUUUUCCAGUAGCACUUUCUACACAGGGAAAAGUCCUUCUAAUGUGCAAACUGUCAAGCCUUCUUUCAGCAGGGCCCUGUGACAAAAUUCACUAAGUUUUUUGUUUGUUUGUUUGUUUUCUCUCCUCUCAUGGUUUUGAAAAUAUCUAGUAUGAAAAGACGGUGGGGAAGGGGAUGGGUUGGAAGGAGCUGGUAGAAGUGUUAGACUUUCAUCAUGUUAACCAAUCUAUUCUUUCUCCCUCUCCCAUCACACCCUCCUGUCCCCUUUCUCUCUUCACCCUGGUGUCUCACUGACUUCUCUGUGUUGGGACAAAGGCUGAAGAACAGUGCUUGCUGGUGCCUCCUGAGACUGUUGCAUUGAAGAAUUGGUUUAUGGUUGUCACAUGCCUUCUCUUCUCUGGCUUUCAAAGGGUUUAUAGUUAACCCCAAAACAGAAUUUGCCUGCCUGGAGGUUUGAGAUAUUUUUUCUUUAAGGAUUUUUCUAUUUUCAGUGCUCAAAAUUCUUAGCUGUGGUGAAUAGGGGCUGGCUUAGCAACCCUGAAGAGUCAAUCCUCAGACAAGCAUUUCCUGGAUCUCUACCUGUGGCCACCUCCUCCUUCCACCCCUCUACCUUCUUUUCUACCCACUACAGCUGCUUCUGUUGUGCCGCAGACCCUUAUGGUCGUGGGGCAACGUGGCAUCAAGGAACGUGGCCCUGCCUUCUGCCAGUCUCAGCAGAGAGGUAGGAAAGCUUGCCUCAGUGGUGAUGGCACUCGCCAUCCACGAGUGUCACGAGUGGUGACUCGUGGAAAAACUGGGAUGCAUCUUUAUGUGUAGUUGGCCAACUGAUGGUCACAUUUUCGGGGAGAUUUGGAAGCUAGGUGUUAUGAACGCACAGGCCAGACUGUAACACUGCUUCUGCCAUUCGCUCAGUGGUAACCUUUGAGCCUGUGAGCAGAGUCCAAGAUGUGUGGUAGCUAAAGUGCAGCUCAGGGUAGGAAUAAGAACUCUCCCAAGAGGGAGCAAGAAUCCUUCAGGUUCCAGUGAUCCUAGUCUUGUGUGAAAGGCCCUCUGUCCAUAGGCCUGCAGCAGGGCUUUCCCCAUGAAUUUGAGGCAUAUUUCUAGGUGCUAUAAUAUAAGAAGUUCUGCUUUGGUCUUCCACAUACUCUGACCUGGCUCCUAACUGGGAGCAGCUCCUUUUCUUGGCAGCUCUGUCUUUCCAGCACAGCUGGUGUUCUAAGCAAUAAAAGUCAGAAUAAAAUUACUGUGCAUAAACAAACAAGUAGGACUGUACCAUGCUCUGACGUCACAGCCAGCAUUUGGCUCACGUCAAGAUGGGUGAGGAGUCUAGAGCUGGUGCCAGGGCUCCGUCCUUUUUAGAUUUUUUCUGAGGAUGACAGAAAAGAUGUUAGAUGAGGAAAUCGACAGAAGGUAGUGGCUUUGGUGUACUGCUGCCGAUCUAAACAUUAAUGAUGUCCUUGAUUGUCUCCUUCACUAGCAGCUCAUCUCAGUGCACAUUCCAGAGCAGCUGCAGGUCUAAUAUUGCUGUUGUUAUGAUGGCUUCAUUUCACAUUAGUACUUGUGGAAUCUUUCACUCAACAUUAUAGCUAUUCCAGAUUGGUUUUUGAGUGUUUUUUUUCCCCCUGAUCUUGCAUUAUGACCUUUGUUCUGAGGCUGUUGUGAGGUUUUUCUUCUAGAAAGCUGUGUUUUGCCCUCAACACACAAACACCCGUGUAUGCACACACGCACACGUCUAAUGAUUUUUGGAGGCCAAAUGUGAGACAUCUUCAAAAUGGGCUUGACUUUCAGAGUGGGGGCUUGCAACUCUAUAAUUUGACUCUUAAACAUUUCAUGCAGUGGUCCAAAACUGACAUACCCAAAACCUAUACAUCUCUGGGAAACCUUAGCCUGAACAUCUGCAGAAGCUUUUUUUUUCUGGCCUACUGUUUUCCUUUGUGGGAGAGCUUUAAAAAGGUCUAUGUUGCAGGCAGUGUAGCUGUUUCUGCUGAGGAACAGGGCAGACACAGUCUCUAGGUUCUACUCUGAAAGCCCAGAAAGUGAUGCUUUCCAAAGGAGAGGAAUUGAGGAGAGGAUUCACUCAGACACCGCUUUGACAGCAAGAGGUUUUUCUUCCUCUCCUGUUCUGCCUGUGGUAGUGAAAUCUCGCUUUUCCCUAGGCAUUCUGGGAUACCACUCUAAUGUUUUGAAUUCUGGCUGUCCUUCCCACACUGAUCUAAGCAGUUUCUUUCCUGUUUUAACAUGUGCUUUCUUCACCAAAGGCUUGUGGCAUUGGGGGAUUUAGGGAGGGGUUGUACUGGUUAAGUUUCAAGCAUGGCAUCAGUCACUUGUUCUCCUUGCAGACUGAGUCCUUUUUUAUGUGCUCUAGGUUAAGUUUUGGGGGAAAGAGGAUUGUGACUGUAACGCAAUAAUUAGGGAACGAUUGAGCAGGGAACCGCCAGCUCUUCCCAAGCACACAACGCAGCACACUUUCUCCCUGCUGGAAGAAACUCAGGGUUAUUUUGGUCAGGGCUCCCUGCCCCUUUAGUGAAAGGUCCCCAUGCCCUUAGUUAAUGCUGACCAUCCUUCAUGGCCUAUAAUAAACCAUCUUUGUCAUUCCAACUGAAGCAAGUUCACCACUAGCUCGUACUGCUGCCAGCCCCUGGAAGGCAAUGCUGCAUCCCCCUACACCUUGUUUUUGCUGUAGUUGGAAGGCUAGAAGCUGAGGGGCAAGACCUACCCCACAGGUUUCCUUCUAAUUGUGCCAAUUUUGUAUUAUUCCCCUUUUAAAAAAAUAUUCUGGCAAUCUUGUCUUUAAUGAGAAAAUGUCUUGGUCACUUUCCGUGUUUUUUAGUAUUAUUAUUUCCUGUGUGAUCGGGGUGUGCGUGUACAUGAGUGGAAGUAUGUGGUGCAUGUGGUUGUGUAUUAAACCUGGAGAGUGUCAGGAGAGUAAACUCUCUAAGUACUGCCUGAGAUGCAGUACAAUAUCUGUAUCCUCCCAGCUGCAACCUCUGGUAUUGUCCAAGUAUCCUAAGGGCUCACGAUGAUCUUCCUAUUUGCUUUGCCACAUCUUUUGGUUAAGCUGGUAAAUUUCUCCAAGCACUUGGAACUUGAUCCAGGACAAGCUGAACGUUGUACAGCAGAAGGGCAAGAUGUUUUCUUUCAUUUGUUUUAAUUUCAAACUUAUAAAAUAAAAUGUUUGGCACAAUUCCUGAAUGCAGGUACCGAAUAGUUCUAACAAUGCUGUGUAAAAUGUUUCUUUUAAUGUUUAAAAUAAA